AUGGCGGCGGCGACGGCGGCGGCGGGCCCCGGCAGCCGGGCGCGGCGGGGGCGGCGGCGCGGGCGGGCGGCGGCGGCGGCGGCAGCGGACGAGGAGGCGGGGCCGGGCCCGGCGGGCGAGGCGGCGGCGCACGCGCGGUGCGUGCCUGGCCCGGGCCGCCGCCGCCGCCGCUGCCCCGAGCCGGCGGGAGGCGCCGGGGAGCAACGGGCGCCGGAGCCAGACUUUAUAUUCAGAGCACCCAUCAAAUUAAGCAAACCAGGGGAACUGCGUGAGGAAUAUGAAAGCCAGCUGAAGAAGUUGAGAGAAGAAAAAUUACAAGAGGAGAAAACUUCAGAGGAUCUGAUCCACAAGCUAAUUCUGGAAGACAUGGAAGUAGGAAAAAGAAAAAUGGAAGAGCAAAAAAAAGAGGAACCACUGAUGCUUAAAAUGAAUCAGGAAUGCUUUCCUGAACGACUCUCGGACUCGGAGAAUGAGGAACCUUUCCAGGGCAAACAAAUGCAUCGGUCAGCUUUUGUGUCCAAGGGCAGCGCUUAUUCCUUUCCUUUCUUUUCAGGGAGCCUCACCUCCAAGGUGGAGAGAAGUCAGAGCUGCAGCGACACCCUCCAAGAUCGAUCAAAGAGCAGGCAGCGGGCAGCUCCAGCCAGCAAAACAAAGGUCAUGUCGGCAACCAGUACAUCCACGCCUAUCGGAGUACUGUUAUCCACCCAAAACAAUCGCUGCCUCUCCGCUCCCGAUCUGACUGCAGAGAAACGUCUGACUUUCAACUCGGCUUCCUCGCUGUCCACACUGCACAAACCGGAGCGCUCCAUCAGCCCCGAGAGCAACGACAGCAUCUCGGAGGAGCUCAAUCAUUUCAAACCCAUCGUCUGCUCGCCGUGCACCCCUCCAAAGCGACUUCCUGAUGGCCGCGUCCUGAGUCCUUUGAUCAUUAAGUCAACUCCAAGGAACCUCAGCCGGAGCCUGCAGAAACCAACCACCUAUGAAGCAAGCCCCAGGAUCCUGAAAAAAUGGGAGCAGAUCUUUCAGGAGCGCCAGAUCAAAAAGACUCUCUCUAAAGCCACCCUGACAUCUCUGGCUUCAGAGACCGGGGAGGACUUCCUGGUCCCUGACAUUGCACACUCCCUUCAUUCCAGCAAAGAGCACCCACGAAUGUUAAAUGAUCAAGUCCCCCCUGACACUGCCACAGACAGUAACAUGGAGAUAGAUUAUUCCCCCUCUAUCAGCAAAGGCAAGCCAGAAGGGGCUAGUGACAAGAAAAGAGGUUCACAGACCUUAACAGUAGACAACAGUUCCUGUGAACCUAACACAAGAACAAACAGAGCCUCUCUGAAUGCUCAAGACACGGUCGAUGUCAAAGCAAAUUCCUACGUGGACAAAUCUUGUCUUAGUGUUGGCACAAAAAUAAUGACCAGAAGAAUCAUUGGAGCCAACCCAGCACCACCAGACAGUAGCCCAGGGGGAGUUCUGGUCAAGACGGCAGGGAAAAAGCAGCUGAAAUACCUGAACAAUAGUGAAUUAAUUAAUGUGCAGAAUGGUACCUGCAACUCUGUUGAAAAUGUCAGCAGUGAACAGCCCCCUUCGCUGCGCCGGGGCCGGAAGAGAUGUUGUAAAACAAAGCACUUGGAACAGAAUGGGUCUGUUAAAAGACUGAGGCAGACAGCUGGCGAGAUGGGCUUGGCCGUCGACGAUCCCCUGGUGAGGGAGAUGGAGCAAAAAUUGCAACAGGAGGAGGAGGACCGGCGGCUGGCUUUGCAGCUGCAGCAAAUUUUUGACAGCGAGAACAGGACAGUGGAUAGGAGGAAAGGAAGAGUGGAUCAGUAUCUCUUGCGGUCAAAGAGCACUACGGGUGCGAAGUAGCACUUAGCGGACGAUGUUGCCUUUUCUAGAGGACAUGAGGUUUUGAAAAAGCCUAUAGGGAAAAAACUAUUUUCUUGUCAUACUUCCACCUGCAAAAUUGUUUCUCAUUUUUAAUGGUAAAACACUUGAGGUCCAGUUCAAGUAGAAGCUGGGGUCCUUGCAGGUUACACGCACACACACUCAUCUGCCUUGUAUAUUCCCUCAGUCUAGAAGGGAAGUCUUGAUCUCACCAUGCAUACACUGAAAUGCACUUAAAUGUGGUCGCUGACAUUUCUAAGUUAAGACUAAAAGCGGGCAUUUUUUUACUAAAGCCAUGACACCAGCAGUUUCUGAGCCAGCGGUAAGAACAUAGAAAAUAAGGUGAAAGAGACCUCAGGAGGUCACAUCUAGAUUCAUAGAUCUAGUCCAACCCCUGCUCAAAGCAGGACCAGCCCCAACUACAUCAUCCCAGCCAAGGCUUUGUCUACCUGGGUUUUGAAAGCCUCCAAGGAUGGAGAUGCCACCACCUCUCUAGGUAACCUGUUAAAGUGUUUUACUACCCUCCUCAUGAGAAGGUGUUUCCUAAAAUACAACUUAAACUUCCCUUGCUGCAACUGGAAACCAUUUCUCUUUGUUUUGUCAUCUCCUGCACUGAGAAUGGUCCAGCUCCAUCCUCUUUGCAACCCCCUGCAGGCUGCUAUUAAAUCCCCUCUCAGUCUUCUUCUCCAGUAAGCACAGUUCCCUCAGCCUUUCCUCACAAGUCGUGGGCUCCAGUCCUGGAACCACUUUCAUUGCCCUCCACUGGACUCUCUCCAAUUUGUCCACAUGCUAUCUGUAAGGGGGGGGGCCUCAAAGCUGGACACAGUACUCCAGAUGUGACCUCCCAGUGCUGAAUAGAGGGGAAGAAUCACUGCCCUCCAGCUGCUGGCACCGCUCCUACCAAUGCAGCCCAGCAUGCUACUCACGAGGGCACGCUGCUGGCUCCUAUUCAUCUUCUUGUCCACUGUCACCCCCAGGUCCUUUUCUGCAGAGCUGCUGCCAAGCCAGUCAGCCCCCAGCCUGUACUGGUGCAUGGGAUUGUUCCCUCCUAAGUGCAGGACUUUGCAUUUUUCCUUGUUGAACCUUGUGAGAUUUCUUUUGUUCCAAUCCUCCAGUCUGGCUGUUUCUCUGAAUGCUACUAGCCCUACCCUCCUGCGUAUCUACUACUCCCCAAACUUGCCGAGUUCGCACUCCAUCCCAUGUUCCAGGUCGUUUAUGGAGAUAUUGCACAAAACUGGCCCCAGAACUGACCCCUGGAGCUCUCCACCUGGUACCGGCUGUCAACUAAGUAUUGAGCCACUGAUUGCUACCUUUUGAGCCUGACCAUCCAGCCAGUUUUCUAUCCACCCUACAGUCCACUCCAUCCAACCUGUACUUCCUGAGCUUGUUUGCAAGCAUGUUGUGGGAGACCAUAUCAAAAUCCUUGCUAAAGUCAAGGUACAUCACAUCCACUGCUCUUCUUGCAUCCAGAGAGCCAGUCAUCUCAUCACAGAAGGCAAUCAGGUUAGUCGGGCAUAACUUGCCCCUUGUGAAUCCAUGCUGACUGUUGCUUAAUCACUUUGUUCCCCAGGUACUUAGAAAUGGAUCCCUGGAGGACCUGCUCCAUGAUCUUUCCAGGGACUGAGAUGAGGCUGACCAGUCUGUAGUUCCCUGGAUCUUCCUUCUUCCCUUUCUUAAAGAUGGGCACUAUAUUCACCCUUUUCGAAUCAUCUGGGACCUCCCCCAAUUGCCAUGAGUUUUCAGAGAUGAUUGCCAGCAGCUCUGCAAUCGCAUCAGCCCACUCCCUCAGCACCCUUGGAUGCAUCAUGUCCAGCCCCAUGGACUUGUACACAUCCAACUUUUCUAAAUAGUCCCUAACCUGUUCUUUCACUGCUGGCUGCUCAUCUCCUCCCUAAACUGUGCUGCCAGGGGCAGUAAUCUGGGAGCUGACCUUGCCAGGAAGACUGAGGUUUAAAUGCAUUGAAUACUUCAGCCUUUUUUCAUCAUCUCUGAGUAGGUUUCCUCUUCCAUUCAGCAAGGGACCCACACUUUCCCUGACCUUCCUCUUGUUGCUGACACUUGUAGAAGCUCUUGUUACCCUUUACAUCCCUUGCUAGCUGCAACUCCAGUUGUGCUUUGGCCUUCCUGACUUCAGCCCUUCAUGCCCAAGCAAUACUCUUAUACCUUAUACUCCUCUGUAGUCAUUUGUCCAAGUUUACACUUCUUGUACACUAUCUUUUUGUGCUUUAGCUCACUGAAGAGUUCCCUGCUAAGCCAAGUUGGUCUUCUGCCAUACUUGCUAGUCUUCCUGCACAUCUGAAUACUUUGUUCCUGCCCUCAGUGAGGUUUCUUUAAAAUACAGCCAGCUCUCCUGGACUCCUUUCCCUUUCAGACAGGCCUCCCAGGGGACCCUGCUUAUCAGUUCCCUGAGUGCAUCAGUGUCUGCUUUUCUGAAGUCUAGGGUCUUUACUCUGCUGCUCUUCGUCCUUUCUUUCCUCAGGAUCCUGAACUCAAUCAUCUCAUGGUUGCUGCUGCCCAAAUUGCCAUCUACUACUACAUUCCCCACCAAGCCAUCCUUGUUUGUCAGCAGCAGGUCAACAAGAGCAUGGCCCCUACCUGGCCUCUCCAACACUUGCACCAGGAGUUGUCCCCAGCACUCUCCAAAAAGGUCCUGGAUUGCCUGCGCGUUGCUGUAUUGCCCUCCCAGCAGAGACAGAAAUUGAAAAGACCUAGUCACAUAGCUAGGCCAGUGUUAAGGCCUCCAAUCCUAUGUCCUUUUCCACUCUUGCUGCUAGAAAUGGUGCAUGGAUCCUUAUCACAGUGUAUAAUCAUCGAAUUUUUCAUAAAUUUAUAGCAGUAGGACAGGAAUGUGGUUCUGCUUCAUGCUUUCUUUCCAGUUAAUGAGAGCUAAGAGUAGGAUGCAGUUUUGUAACACUCCUUCAAGGGCACACAAAGGGAAAUCCAUCCCGCAGUCAGGAGCACAGGUUAUUUACACAGUGCAUGAAGCCAGACACAAAGUAGGAAAUGUGGAAAACAAGGACGUUACUGAGAAUGUGUUCCUGAAAAUGAGCUGUAUGCUGUCGGGGAAAGUGGAGACUUCCACCCUGCUCUGCUUGGGUUCCUCUGGUGCAGGGGUGGGCAAAAUGUGGCCUGGGGGCUGGAUGCGGCCCGCCAGGCCAUUCUAUCCGGCCCAUGGGGUCCCUAAAUAAUUUUGAAAAUUAAUAUUUAUCUGGCCCUGGCUGCCUAUCAUGUGGCCCUCGAUGGCUUACCAAAAUUCAGUAAGCAGCCCUCUGCCCAAAAUAAUUGCCCGCCCCUGCCCUGGCAUCUACGAGCAGAGAGACUUUCCUUUCUUGCCCUCUUCCCCCUGCACCCUGGUAAGGAACUGAUUUCAUUUCCUUGUGACUCCCCCAUAAGCAUCUUUAAAGAUGCUGGGGAACCAGAGUCCUGCAGUCAUAACAAUGCCUUUGGCGCUUCUCUCCCACUCCUGUUCAAAGCAUCUCAUAUCUCUAAGUAUCUGCUGCCAUGGCUUCGUGAAUGUGUAAGCUGUGGCAACAUCCCAAUACAGUCACCAACUUUGGGUAAUGCAAAGCUCCCAUUGGAGUCUUGAGAGGUGCGGGUAUCCAGCAGCUUUCAGUAUCUUGGCUCUUGCCGUUUCACGUUGGGUGCUCAACACCCAGUGACAUUCCGGGCCUAAGUGGCUUGACUCUCGGCCCAGGGCCCUCUCCAUGGGAGAGCACGUUGUGCACCCCAGACGUGGUGGUCAGUCCAGUCAGUUCCUGCAGGGCUCUCUCUCACCGUUAGUUUGGUGUCACAGCAUGGCCCAAAUAACCGAUGUCCCAGACAGCCUGCUUGGUAUUCGAGAAGACAACCUAUCUGUCCACAAGGCACGACGGGCCGUGUGUGGCUAGCUCAGGUAUAGGAAACAGCAUAGGCCUCUCAGUGCCGUACUCUGAAAAGCAAGCUACGUCACCUGGGUAGAUUCAGCAGAAUUGUUUUUAUAACCCAGGCGAGCUUCCCCCAGCUCUGCAUGGUGCCAGUGCAGCAUGUCCAACGGGUGCUGGUUUUCCUCUGUCUUGGACUGGUUACAGGACAGGAUUGGCAUCACUGGGUAUAUUAAGUGUUCGUGCCCAAAGCCAGUAUCAGGUGCAUUUACUUAGGAGAGGACUAUAAUUCAUUCUUCCUUUUCCUCCCACCUGUAAUUAUCAUCGCUGUUAAAACAACUGAAAUUCCCUCAAUUCCCACCAGCAGCGGGCUCAGAAAUGUCAAGCCUGCUCCCUGCUCAAGUACUGCCUUUCAGUGUAUUCACUGUGAGUCCAGGCCUGCUAGUACACGGGUCUCUCUGCUUUAAAUACGACCUUUCUCUUCGUGGUGCGAAUCUGCCAGCGAAUGUCUUGCGGGCCCUGGCACCAGGUGACAGAUAGUAACAGAUGCCUAAGGGAUAGUGUGGCAGGCUGCUGGGUGGAUGGAUGGGGUCUGGGGAAGUUCUGGUUGCGUGGCAUACCGGUGGGGUUGAUUGUAGAAGAGUUCAAUUGUUCUCUUCCCUCUCAGAUACAUCUCUUCACUUCCUGUACCUUGGCAGCUUCUCUCCUUGUGUGGUAAUGAAUGGCUUGCCUUCCUGGGAUCAAAGAAAUUGGUUUUAUUUUCCCCUUUCCGCAGUGUAACUACAAGGACCCUGAAGCUCCAUGCUACUUUGAACCAGAUGUUUUGGUUUUGUUUUUGUUUUUUAAAAAGAGAAGAAAAAGAAAUAAGAAAUCUUAUAUUUUAAUGGAUGAAAUUUAUAUAUUUUAAAUACUAUAUUUCAACAGAUCGACACUUUUUCGUUUUGAGAAAUCUUGUAGCAAUGAUGACAUAAUAUAUUAUCGCAUUAACACAACAACUGCUGGAUGUUCAAAUGGUAUGCGAAGUCAGGAAAAGGGUGCUGGGUCUCCGCACGCGACUAUACCCGGAUGGCUGCGGCACACGGGUUCGGUACGGUCUGACCCUCUUUGGAGAGAGAAUUCUGCCCUCAGUUACGUGCUUGCAACCUCACCGGGCCAAGCGCACUGCUGACUGAAGUAGGCACAAAUUCAUUCACUCAAAGGGAGUUGAGCGUGCUGAUAGCCAACGUCCUUGACAUCCACUGUUGGCUGUCAUUGACUUAGUCGAAGUCAGUCAGGUGGGGUGGAUGUGAAUAACUGAGGGUUGAAUUUGGCCCCUUCUAGUGCUUAAGAACGGCAGGAUAAUUUAAGGACAGAGUUGCUUCUUUUUUUUAUGUACCCUUCAUUCCCUUGUUCUAAGAGCUAAAACUUUUUGUACUAUCCAGACAUUCUGAGUUUAUUUUAUUUUGGUUUUCUUACCCCCAGUUAAUGCCUUGAAACUUGAACCCGGCUUCCUCAGUCAGUCCCCAUCCUUUCUCAACGUGCUCAUGAUGGUGUCUUCUAGCGCUGGCUUUGCUGAGAGAGCCUGGCGUGGGUUUUACAAAUCGAGUGCGUGUCUUCUGGGAAUGAGAUUUUGGGGGUCCUGCCCACCAGGCCAGUGUCCUUUUUUUGGAUUGUUUUUGAACACUUUUUUUAAAUAUGGGGGUGGGGAGGGAGGGGGAGGGUAUUGUGUGUUUAAUCUCUUUUUGUACAAAAUCUGAGUCUCAGUGGAUUUGUAAGAGGCACUGUCUAGGGCAAAAAAAGUUCCUUGAGCCAAAGCUCUGUGGAAGAAAAUAAUGCUUGAAUGUCUGUUAUGUGCUCUGUUCUCUAUGGGUUGCUCACACAAAAGGUCUGUCUCGAUAGCAAAGCUGCCACUGAUUCAGUAGAUACAGCUCUGGACCCUGCUAGGCCCUUCUGACGGUGUUGGUCCAUUGCAUCCAUAUUUAUUUAAGGGGGCCUUUGGUUUCUGUGUGCACGUAUAGAAUAAUUGCAGGUCUGAAAAGACCUUGUUCCUCUUUGAAAAGCUGGUCACUACCCGGAUGCAGCAGCAUCUUCCAAUGUGGUGGUGGGGCUGGUUCGAGGGGGUGCUUAUUCACAAAGCAUUGCGCUAGUUUUGCAGUCCAGUAAUGCAACCUUUCUGUGAAACACAAGUGCAGUCCUUAAAAUUAUCCUCGCCAUCUCAUUGCUUCAUGAAGACGGGCCCCAGUCAGUCACCCUCCAGUUCCAGAGCGCAGCCCAAAUCCUGCUCCCUUCAAAGUUAGCGAGAGCAUGACCGGACCCCUGCAGCCUGCCCCUGCGUCCUGCGAAGGUGCUGGGCAUCUUUCCACUGAUGUGCUGGUGCAGAUUGCAGGAGGAGAGGCUGAAGACUGAAGAGGCGAUUUUAAGAUACGACCUAAGGGAAUGUAUUUAUUCAUUUAACACUGUCCUGAAGGUGAACAAGGCUUUUAUUACUAAAAAGCUUGUGUUUAAAAAGACGUACUUUAUGUAACCUCACUUAAAAGAAGAGAAGUUCCCAGCCCCUCUCGCACGCUAACAGUCAAAUGCACACUUCCUUUGUUGCAAGGAGAAAUACCGGUCAAAUAACAGCUCGCACUGAGACACCAGAACUGUGGAUGCUGUUCAGGAUCUCCGCAUUUUGCGGAGGCACUAGAGCAAAACCAAGUAUUUAUUUAAAAUGGAUAUAUUUGGAAAUCAUCGUUAAUCUUCCUCCUUUUCUGAUACCAAGUUCUCUGAGGGAUGCAGCACAAUCCCUCUGGUCUGCCAGAAGGCGCAGGCACGUGUCUGAGAUCUUGGACACCUUCCCCCACCUUACUGCCUUCCUGGAAGACUAACUAGCAAGCAGUUGCCCUGGCUCGUAGCACUUCCAUGUGACCAGAAGGGGCUUGGGAUUUUGUGUCGUAGCUGAAUGACUGAAUCUGCCAAAGAUGCCACGUGACUGAAAAGUUGCUCUGAAUCUAUGGCAUUCCCUCCGUCAGAGGGGGAAUAAGUAUCGCCAUGCUUUCCUGGGGUCAGCGAUGACAGAUGUCAGUCAGUAAGCAAAUGAAGGAAAAGUGCCAAAAGAAUGGAUUGCGCAAGAUGAUUGUAUAACGCUGUCCUAUAUUGUCAGUAUUUCUUUUCUUCAAAUGAUAUUGUACAUGCAGUAUGCAGUAGUCAAUGACGUAGAGCUUGAACAAGUGCUUUGUAUUUUAUCAUUGAAAGCAAGGGGGAGGUAGAAGCCUUAAAGACUAUAACUGAUCUUAAAAACAGGCCUUUAGCAAUGCUUCAAGGAUAGCCCUCCUGGGCUCUCAGCUGGACUUCCGGGAUCUCUUUGCCAUCUUGUAGUUAUUCAGUGAAAGGCUGACAAGGAGCUUGUCCUGUGCACUUGGGAAGCAUCUCAUCCAAACCCAUCCUCUCUGAUUUUUCGAGAGAGAAAGCGGAAGACCAUUCCUUGUACAACUCUUGGAGGUGGACAGGAAGGCCCAGAAGAUCACUGUGAUGUAGAUCUAUGGGAUCUUUUGUAGAUCUUCGCAAUUAGGCGAAAACUGGGAUGCAUCCGUUACUGGGACGGUAGCUCAGAAGCAGGAACGAUCGCUCUAUGUGCUGUUUGAUGCAAACCUGUUUCUUCCCUGUAUCUUUCACCCACCGCAAAGGAUCAAACAGAUAUAGAAUUAGCUCUUCACUAUGCAAAGAAAAAAAAAGUCUUUAACUGAUUACAAAUAAUGGGCUUUUGUGUAUGCCUGGUUUUCUGGUGUUUCCUGUCAAACUGUUGAAAACAAAUCUAGAUGUUGCUACCUUUUUUCCACUAUGCUUUAAAUUGUUGUGCUUUGGUGUGUCCUCACCUUACAACUCAAACAGCAGUGCAACAAAAGACUGUGGUCAUUCUGGGUCUCAACAUUAUAAAGUAAAUCAGCGGUUACUGAAAGAUCAUUUACUUGCAUGUGUAUAAUACGCGGGUACGAUAACAUGCGGGGUUCUUUCGUAUUGUGGCUUGUUAUUCCAAGCAGAGUUAUACCAUGGUCGUGAAAAACUGUCACAACAUAGAAAUGUGCCAAUCGUACAAAUACCUUGUGCAUUUUAACAGCAGAAAAGAGGGCUCUAACCACAGGAUAAAGGCAGAGGUUAACAUAGAAUAAAAACCAGGUUCUUAAGGUGAA